GUAGAAGCUGGGCCAAAUAACACUACUGUAUCUUUUGUACGAGAAACUAUUGAUAGAAAGGAGAGAGCAAGGCAUGCUCUUCUACAAACCGCUUCUGAGAGAAGUAAUGGAAUUGAAUGUCUUAUAGAUACAGCCCUUGAGCUAGAGAAAAGAGAUACAGCUCUUGGGCUAGAGAAAAGAGGUGUGCCUAUCAAAUGGGCUUCUAUCUAUCAGACAGAUCUUUCCUCUAGUUGGGAACAAGCAAUUCACUUCCCAAUAAGAUAUAAUGGAUCAUUCACGGAGAUCGAUCGACAAGUGUUAAGAAAUCAUUACGUUGACGACGAGAAUCUCAUCCCUGGGGCGUACCAAUACUACAUUUUGCUAAAAUGGCUCAAUUCAAAUUCUGAACAUGAUACGUACUUUACGCUGGUCAACAUCAAAUUUAUAAACCCAUGGAAAUACGAGGAUGGAGAUGAGUAUGAACUGGUCCAAACCAACAGUAAUACCGUCCACAUAAUUGUUAGAGGAAAACUAAGGUGCAGAAGCCAGAUUCGUUUCCACAAAGAUCCAUUCAGACCUUGUCUUGAAAAGGAUCGCAUCAAGGAGGAUUGCACUGUAGAAUGCAAUAUGAAACAGUUUUAUGAUAAAAUGGCAAUUAAUGGCCUUGAUUACAGAGAUCAGUUUCGAGCGAUAAAAUCACUUAAACGAAGCCAAACACGAACAUAUUCAUCAUUGGAGCAAAAACGUCCACCAACACUAUGGGCUUUGAUGGAUGCUGCAAUGCAUGCGGUGUGCGUAAAUGUUGUUGAUCGUCGACCGGAUGUGUACUUUCUGCCGGUUCAUAUUGGUGAAAUCUAUCUAUGUCCAAAUUCUGAAGUCACAUUAUCGGAAUCUCUGAUAGCGGUGACUGAAAAAGUGGCAGAAAACGAGAAAUUCAUUGAUGCACAUGGUUGCAUCUACGCGGAUAAUAAGCUAAUAUUCCAGUAUAAAAACCAAUUUUGUUUAAUUUUAAAGAGUAAGCGCACACUCAGCAAGCAAAUUAACUUAACAACUGACGAUAAGGAAAAAAUGAAAGACACCAAAAAAAUCAUCGAACUUCUAGUUGAAGAGGCUAACACGCCAAAAGAGAGCACAUCCAUUUAUAUUCUAAGCUCCGAUGCAAGUUUUUGCUCUUCUAACAAAGCAGAGAUAUGGCAGCAGCUAAAGGCAGGAAUUCUGGAGAAGCCAACAUCGACAGAGGAUGUCAAAUCAGCUAGUGGUACUACGGGGGAAGUUGAUAUUACAAAAUGGGACCCCGAAUUUUUUGGGAUCACACCUAAAGAGGCACCAUUUAUUGAUGUUCAACAACGUCUCAUGUUGCAGUCAGUCUCGAGAUGUUUAGAAAAUGCUAAACCUUUAAAGAUUUCGAAGAAUACGGGUGUAUUUAUUGGUGUAAGUGGAAAUGAUUUUACGAAUCGCGUGUAUAGCGAGAUUAAGGAAAAUGCUAGUGGAUACUAUAGCGGGGGAACAAAUGGAAGCUGCAUUGCUGGAAGGAUU